AUGGCUACUUUCAAGACCCUCGUUCUGGUAACCGGCGCAACCAGCGGAAUUGGCUUCGAGCUAGCGGCGCAGCUCCUCGCCAAAGGAACUUACCAUGUCUUCCUAGGCGCACGCAACCCCGAGAAAGGCCACGCAGCGGUGGCAACCCUACGGGCCCGAAACCCGGCAGGAUCCGUCGAGAUGCUCCACCUGGACGUCACCGAGGACACGACCAUCGAGAGCGCAGCUCACUCCAUACAGCAGUCGCACGGCCACCUCGACAUCUUGGUCAACAAUGCCGCCGUCUCCGCGAUGACAGGUCCCAGUCUGCGAGAGCAGAUGCGCGCGGCGUUCGACACGAACGCGACGGGUCCGGCGGUGGUGGCGAGCGUCUUCGCGCCGCUACUGCAGAAUUCUACCGCAGCGUCGCGGCGCAUUAUCAAUGUGACGAGCGGGGCGGGGUCGAUUGAGAGGCGGCUGGAUCCGUCGUCGCCGAUUUAUAACGUCCAGCAGGUGCAAUACCGGGCGAGCAAGACGGCGCUGCAUAUGGUCUCGGCUUGCCAGUUGGUGGAGUUUGCGCCUUUUGGGGUGAAGGUGUUUCUGUACGAUCCGGGCUUUACGCAGAGUAAUCUGGGGCCGCAUAAUACGGAGGCGAAUGGGGCGAGGGCUGCGGCGGACUCGGUUCGCCCGUUGAUGGAUGUGCUGGAGGGGAAGAGGGAUGAUGAGGUCGGAAAGAUCUUGCACAAUACGGGGAGUUGGCCUUGGUAG